AUGGCCGCAAGGUGGCCCACGCGACGUCGGAACUUCGCCGGAAAAGUUUCUUCCGAUAGCUACAGUACCGCCGGAGAUUUUCACUGGGGUAUAGCAGCUGUGGUCUGUAAUGGCAGUGUAGGGUCAUGUCCUCGGGGAGGGAGGGUGGCGAGGUGGGGGUUAAGGCAAGGGUCAGGGGCUGGGACGGAGCACAUAGGGGGUAAGGGGAGCAAGGGUGCAUAUAGGCUGAGAAUUGGAUCGUGGAAUAUAGGGACGUUGACGGGUAAGUCUAUAGAGCUGGCGAAGAUUCUCCAGAAAAGGAAGGUUAGUAUAGCUUGUGUUCAGGAGACUAGGUGGGCAGGAUCGAAGGCGGGGAAUGCCGACGGGUAUAAGUUGUGGUACUCCGGAGGCGUGAAGGGCAAGAACGGAGCGGGUAUUUUGGUGGAUAAGGAUCUUAGAGAGUUAGUGGUAGAGGUUAGGCGGGUGAGUGACAGAUUGAUGACGAUUAAAUUAGUAAUUGGAGGAAGCACUCUGAGGGGUAUUCCGCCUACUGAGAAGUUAUUUAUAGGAGGGGAUUUCAAUGGGCAUAUUGGAUCAUCUGUUGAUGGCUAUGGUGAGGUGCACGGUGGCUUCGACAUUGGGGUUAGGAAUGGAGGAGGUACGUCACUGUUGGAUUUCGCUAGAACUUUUGAGUUGGUGAUCGUGAACUCUAUUUAUCCGAAGAAGGAGGAACAUUUGAUUACUUUUCGGAGUAUGGUGGCUAAGACUCAAAUUGAUUAUCUUCUCCUCGGGAGGUGUGAUAAGGGGUUGUGCGAGGAUUGUAAGGUGAUCCCGAGUGAGAACCUCACGACACAGUGUAGGCUCCUGGUGAUGGACGUCGGUAUCUUGAUAAAGAGGAAGAAGAGGUUUGUACGGGGGCAAUCGAGGAUCAGGUAG